CCUAUUUUAAGAUAUGUCAGUGUACGUUGCUUUCAGUUAAAACAGCUCAAACAUGCAUUUUAGUCUGGGACUUUAAGCAUUGUCCGUGAAGCCAGUGGUAAAAGACUCAAAUUGCCCAGCUCAGUCAUUAACCAGUGUAACUGUAAUAAUUGAUCUUUAUCUUCAUAUCUUUACUCAUCUAGUAGCUUCUGGUCAUGAAGACCAUUUUUGCCACAUGCAUGCUCACUGAUCUGUCAGCAUGUGAUAGACCAGAGGACUUGUCAAAAUGCCAAAGAGAGAAAAAAAAAGGAAAGCACCUUUGUGCUUGAGGUAAAGUAAUAAUGUUGGCAGAAUUCAAAUGAAAAGGACACUGGAACGAACUGUGCGUCGCUCCAGUCAAAACACUGCCCUGCCCUCACACUCCACCUGUCCAGCACUAUGAGGAAUUCAGAGCAUGUUUCACCCUCUUCUGUGAAAGAAGUACUUUGGACACACUCCUGUCACUGCAGGAUGUGAGGAACUGUGUUUAUUUGCAUUGCAGGUCAUUUGCAGUCCCACAGCUGCUUAAAAUCCUUGUCAAUGUUACAUUAUUCGGUUAUCAAAACAGCUGAAAGUGUUUCUAACUUCACCUUUGAGAGGCACUCCAAGCAAGAGAGUGCUGGUGUAAAGCUCAAGCUUUACAAUAGAAGAUGGAAGAGAUGGAUGCUCUCAUCCAAACCGGUGGGCGAGAUCAGUCUGGAGCGCUAUGAAGAGCACGGCAGAUUAGAUUCAGAGCGCUUUCCUGAAGUUGUGACAAAUGACAGCAACUUAUCCGUUAAGAGAGACACGGAUCAUGUCUACUACACAUCCAAAUUCUAUGGGCCCACAGACAGUGCAGGCAAGGAUUUGUGGGUAAAUAUUGAGCAAAUGGGAAGAGUUCAUAAAAUUCUCUCCGACACACAUCGACAAACUUUGACAGUGAAUUUGUCCUUCAAUUUCCUUUUCUAUGGACAUUCAUUGAGGCAAAUACAUGUAGCAACAGGGGGUUUCAUCUACACUGGAGAUGUUAUCCACAAAAUGCUGACUUCUACUCAGUACAUCGCUCCACUCAUGGCUAAUUUUGACCUCAGCAUCUCACAGAAUUCAACAGUCAUGUACUGUGAUAAUGCCACAGCUCUUGUUGUGCAGUGGGACCAUGUGUAUCUCCAGGACGCAUCACAUCUCGGCAGUUUCACCUUCCAGGCAGCUUUAUACAACGGUGGAAGAAUCACCUUUGCGUAUAAAGAGGUUCCCAUUGACAUUAGUAAGAUCAGCUCAGUGAAUCAUCCAGUGAAAGUCGGGCUUUCUGAUGCAUUUGUGGUUCUUCAUAACAUCGAACAGCUUCCCAAUGUUAGAAGGAGAACAAUAUAUGAAUAUCAUCGGGUAGAGCUCUUAAAAUCCAAGAUUAUGACCGUCACUGCUAUUGAGAUGCUUCCUCUACCGACCUGCCUUCAGUUCUCCAGCUGUGAGACGUGCGUUACGGCUCAGAUCGGUUUCAACUGUAGCUGGUGUAGUCGCCUACAGAGAUGCUCCAAUGGUUUUGACCAGUAUCGUCAAGACUGGGUUGACAGUGGCUGCUUAAGUGAGAUAAAAAACCAGAGCUGUGACAGAAAACGGCCCUUCGUUAAGAGCAGCACUCCAGCUGUGCAGACAGGAGAAACAGCUGUAUCUAUAACUACAACGUCAACCACAUCAGCCUCCUCGCUCACCACCAAAAUCACCAGCACACCCUUAUUCAUAAGAAACCUUCCUACCAGCCUUCUCACUGAUGACUCUCAGAUGGAAAUUACAGAGAAACAGAGAGAGGAGAAGAUGCAGACUGGUCUGCUCAUUGGCAUCCUCAUAACCAUGGUCCUCAUGGUGAUCGCUGUGUUGGCCACUAUAUACCUGUACUACCAUCCCACCUCCAGCGCCAGUCUCUUCUUCAUAGAGAGACGACCAACACACUGGCCUGCCAUGAUAUUUCGACGUGGUUCAGGACAUCCAUCAUAUGCCGAGGUAGAGGCAAUGGGACAAGACAAAGAAGGUUUCAUCAUGAUGAACCCUAGAGACAGUUUUCUUGUGUCAGACAGAAGAGAGAGCUUGUUUCUGACGGACCAGAGGGAAGGAUUUAUUGUAGCUGACCAAAGAGAACGUUUUCUCAUCGUGGAACGCCGCUAAUGUCAAUUCAGUGGUUUAUGAAUUAGUUCCUCUGUUUUUGAGAGGAAGUUGCACUGUCUGCUGGGAUAAAUGUGGUAUUUGUUUGACCUCAUAGCAGGGAGUGCUACAAAUGUGAGAGAUCUAUUGUACCAUCACACCAAAGUGCAAUAUCAACAAUGUGGACACAUAAACAUUUUUCCAACCCAGUGGAAUUGCAGUGCUCACAUAUGAGCUUUUCAUUUCUCUGUAAAGGGCCACUUCUUGACCAGAUUACCCUCUUCAAACCAGAUGGGUCGUUAAAGCCUGUGUAUUGCAAACACCUCAUAGAAGCCUGAAUGAUAUAUGUAUUUCUGCAACAUUAUACCUUUGUACUCGUGUGUAACUGAUCCAUUAAAUCCAAAUUCAUGUG